GAUUACCAUCACUAACACAAAUCAAAACAAACAAGGUAUUUUUUUUACAUCAAAAACUAAGGCAAUUGGACGAAAUUGGUGGCUUCGGUGUCCUCGCCACGACGCACCCUCCCUUCCUUGGGUGCCCCAUCUCCGGCAGACCGGAGUCUAUUCCUGGUGGAUUAGGAUCGGCUCAUCUCCCCGCCCAAGCAAUACUUAAGGCCGAACUCAGACCGUCGCCUAGAUGAGAAGUGGUUAAAGCUAUAAUGGAAGUGCAAUUUUUGGACGCUUAAAAUUACAAGUGUUUGGGCAAAAACGCCACGGAUGUGAAUUACACGGCACCAAAUUGGAGGCGUUUGCCAACCGGGUCACCUAAUCCUGAGGAGCUCCAAGGGAAAAGAAAGGACGUGCUAAAAGGGUAAGUACGCUAAAUAAAUCCCUUAAUUCAUUAAGUUUCGCUACCCAAUUUAAACGUAGUUGGACGCGCGGCUGGGGAGCGGAAUUAAUGCCUCUAAUUCCAGAUUAGAUUUCACAGUGAGUGCUUUCAAACAAUUCUUUGACUGCCUGAUUUCACAAAUUAAUAACUAAAACUAAUUUAUUUCAGAGUUCAACGAUGGUCAUUGUCCAAGCUGCGACCAGAAGAAGAGACCGCUAGCGGCGAAGCCCGAGUCUGCACGGAUCCAAAUGGUUCGGAGGAUUCACGCAGCGUCUGCGCCAGAGGGCCCGGAGGCAGUGCGUCGGUGGUCCCAGAGAUGACCAGGUGGUCAGCGCGGGUAUUCGUUCCCGGAACGGACUCACCGAUGGAAUCUCCGUAUGUGGCUGACGCGGAGGGCUGUUGCUGCUGCUGAUCGCUGAUGCUGCUGCGGCUGGUGCUGCUGCCGCGGAUCACUGCUGCUGAUGCCGCUGCGGGUGGUCGACGUGGUCUUUACGACCAGGUUAGGUCCGCCUGGAGUAUGAUAUCUCCAAGAAAUGCGAAUACCUGUUCAAACUCGACUACAGCCUCAUCGAGCUGGACAACACAAAUGGACUGCUCAGUCCGCGGUAUCCUGGCCGAAUACUCAUCCCGGAGUGCGAGCAUGGACACAUGGCCAAGACGCUGGUGCCGGGAAAUGGCCUGUUCGGGCCAGUUGGCGGCGGAUUGGGUGGAGGAGGAGGAGGCUCCUCCGGAACCACGGCUACGGCCACGCCUCUAAACAGCAGUGCAGGGAGCACCGGAAGCGAGGGUGCUGGCAUCCAGGCCUUCGUGACCUUUGCCAAUCCCGUGCAGACGCAACAGCAGCCACAUCCCCUCCAGCAGCAAUUUCCCACGCAGCAGCCACAUCAUCCACUGCAUCAGCAAUAUCUUUCCCAGCAGCCACAUCCGCUGCAGCAGCAGCAACAGCAGCAGAAUUCACAGCAGCAACCGCAAAAUACCAUCUAUGAGGACCAGUACGAUAUACAGCGGAUGCGGGAAUUGGUUACGAUGGCCAAGUACGCGAGAUGCCGUCAAAGAUUUGCCGUGCCCGUAAUUAUGUACCGCGGAAAGUACAUCUGCCGUUCGGCCACUCUGUCCGUAAUGCCGGAAACCUACGGCCGGAAGGUGGUGGACUACGCCUACGACUGCCUCAGUGGCGGCAACUAUACGACGCCAAACGGGGACGAGAACGAUGCGGACUCCACGGACGAGUCGCUGAUCACCCACAUGCACGACCAGGCUCAGUCGCAGUUCAGCUACGACGAGGUCAUCAAGAGUGACAUCCAGCUGCUGCACACGCUCAACGUCUCCACCAUUGUGGACCUCAUGGUGGAGAACCGCAAGAUCAAAUACUUCAUGGCCGUUUCUUCAUCGGAGAAAGCGGAUCCAAACAAGCACUACAAGAGCUUUAAUCUUCUAUCCCUGCCGUACCCGGGCUGUGAGUUCUUCAAAAAGUUCCGGGACAACAACUACAUGGCGCGCAACCUGCACUACAACUGGAAGCAGUCUUUCAACGAUGCGAAUAUUAAUAUACCCAAUCUGGGACCCGCUGCGGAUAUCGAUGUGGUGUGGCCGGAGUACCGGGAUUGGGAUUUGGUGGCCAUCACCCAGAAUUACUUGCGAGCCAUACUGAAAUAUGUGCAGGAGGAGAGCUCCGGCCUGUUGAUUCACUGCAUCAGCGGCUGGGAUCGCACUCCGCUGUUUGUCUCCCUGGUCAGGCUGUCCCUGUGGGCAGAUGGACUCAUCCACCAGUCGCUGAAUGCCAUGCAGAUGGCGUACUUUACACUGGCCUACGACUGGUACCUGUUUGGCCACCAACUGCCCGAUCGCCUGAAACGCGGCGAGGACAUCAUGUUCUUCUGCUUUCAUGUGCUCAAGUUCAUCACGGACGAGGAGUACAGCAUUGUGGAGCAUCGGAAACGCACGAAGACAUCCAGCAGCAGCGGCAGUAGUGUUAUAGUGAUCAAAUCCGACUGCUGCGAUGAUGAACCGCUCAAGGAAGACUACAUUCUGGCCUUCGAUCAAGAUAGCAACGACAGCUACUCAAACUGUUCCAACUGUGAUAUGUCCAUAACAGAUAACUUCUAUGCCACCACACCAGCGCAAGUCAAUCCGCUGACCAGCAGGUCACCCAAUCCGAAGAGAUCCAGAACCAGCCCCAUUUCAGUGCCCGGCUCGAAUGCGCGGCAAAGACAGGAGUCCACGUCCUCGAACGGUAGCUGGCAGGUGGUCACGGAUACGGGCUCCAUUGACUCAAUGAUGAAUGGCAGCUACAUGAUGCGGUUUGUGGCCCAACAGGCGGCGGACGGAGGUGGCGGUUCCUCGAACAUUCCUCUGUAUAAUGGUGGUAAUGGCUACCACUGCAGCACCAACGCAGCGUCGAGCGGCAGUGGAAGCGGAAGUGGGAGCAGCAUCAGCAACGGCAGCUCGACGCACGGUUUCGUAAACGGUUCCUCCAAAGACGUGGGCGGCAGCACUAUGGCCAGCAAGCAAUGCAUCAACUUACGAAAGCAACGCCUGAAUGCAGUGCGCGCCAUCUUCAUACAAGCCUACGGAAAGACGAUUGGACUGAAAUUCAAGGAGGGAUCUUCAAUGAACCUGGCCACGUUUAUUGGCAACCUGGCGGACCAAUUGUUUUGAGGAAGCGGAAGCAGCAGCAGCUAUACUCGAUUGUUAGUUUUUCACCCACAUUGUUUGUUUGUUGUUAAGUGCUGCGCUUUCCACCAAUGACUGUAUUUCGUAUAGUCCUGUUGAAUUGCGUUCUUUUGUGACUGUUGACGAUUGUGUAAUGUAAGGGAUAAAUAAUAACUGGUUACUGAUAAGCAACUAACGAACGAACGAACCCGGCGGCUCCUAGACAAUGCGUAUAGUACAACUCCAGUCCUGGUUAACCCGCUCCUUAGAUUCUCUAUACUCCCGCUCCCCUCUCCUUACUUUUUCAGUUGUUAGUCCUUUUUCGAGAAUGCAAAGCAAGCGCGAAUUAUAAUAUGCGAUUCGGAUUAUACAAUAGCCUUAAGUUGUAAUUUAUAGUAAUGUAUUUUUUAAUAAACUUAUGUGCAUUUGAUACGAAUCAAA